AUGGGGGUAAAUAAUAUUCUUUCUGAUGCUUCUCCUCCAAACUCCUUCAUCAAUCUCGACCAGGGAGAUACUGCACUGUUGGAGUCGUACUGGAGGAAGAUGAAGGAGGAGUGUGCGGUGGUGAUAAAGGGGUGUGAGCUUCUGAGUUAUGUGAGUGAUCGGAGCAACGUGUGUUGGUUCAUGAUGCCGGAGCUCACAGACGCCAUUAAAAAGCUUCAUGCUUUGGUUGGCAACGCAGAGACCGACGACAGGCACAUUGUGGUCGGCAAUGGCUCCACGCAGCUCUUUCAGGCUUCUCUCUUUGCUCUCUCUUCUUCUUCUUCUUCUCAUUCUCCCAAUCCUAUCAACGUCGUCGCUGCUUCUCCUUAUUACUCGGGCUACCCCGACGAGACAGACCUAGUGCGAUCAAGCCUAUACAAGUGGAGUGGGGAUGCGAAGGAGUAUGAUAAGAGCGAAGCAUACAUAGAGAUAGUAACGUCUCCAAAUAACCCAGACGGCAGCAUCAGAACACCUGUUGUGAGCAACAGACGUGGAGUUGAAGGAAAGCUAAUUCAUGACCUUGCUUAUUACUGGCCUCAAUACACUCCCAUUACUCACAAGGCCGAUCAAGAUCUUAUGCUCUUCACUUUCUCCAAAUGCACUGGGCAUUCUGGUUCACGCAUUGGGUGGGCGAUUGUGAAAGAUAUAGAUAUGGCGAAGAAAAUGACCACAUUUGUAGUGCUGAACUCCAUUGGGGUGUCCAAAGAAUCCCAAACUCGAGCUGCUAAGAUAAUGGAAGUUCUAUGUAACAGCUAUGAGAAUUUCAAACUCGGGUCCAAGAAUUCUGAGCUGUUCUUCGAGUACAGCAAAUGUCUUAUCAAAGAAAGGUGGGGGAAGCUGAGGGAAGUCAUCAAACAAAGUGAUUAUUUCAUCUUGCCCAACUUUCCAAAGGCCUACUGUAACUUCACUAAUGAAUCAUCUGAAACAUAUCCUGCUUUUGCUUGGUUGAUGCAUAAGAAGGAUGAAGACGGUGUGGGUUAUUUGGAGAAGAAAUUGAAAGUACUUGCUAGAAGUGGGAAUCGAUUUGGAUCAGGUCCACGUUGUGCUAGAAUUAACAUGCUGAGCAGAGAUGAAGACUUCGAUGAAUUCUUGAGGAGGCUUUCAAACAUCAAAGAGAAUGGUUAUUGA